GACUGUUUAUUUUCUAAUUGACUGAAUUCUUUAUGCCUGAUAUUUGGAACAAAUGGACAUAAAACAAAGCAAUUGUCCGUCAACGUAACUGUCAACUUGGAUUUGGUUAUGGGAUGCAUGUUGUUGAGACCAGUGGAACACUAGGACACAGAAGGCGGGAGUAGUCUCACACAGCCUCUGAACCGCCAUGCUACAAGUGGCUGUGCUGUCUGGGGCCCUGCUUAUCUGGCUCCUGUGGCUGCCUGUUAAUGGCAGAUUAUGUGAUUUUAAUUCUGAUGAUUGUCAGUGGAAAAUACAAACAAAUGAUCCUCACCAUACAGGAAUGACAUCUAGAUUGAAGGAAUUUGUUAUAAGUACUAGACAGGAAGUGGGAAAGUUUGGUGUCAACAGAUCUAUUCUGGAUAUUAACCCAUUAAUCCCAAAAGGAAAUGAAGAUGUUAGACUUGUGGGCAAUAAAAGGCGUUCUCAGUUGGAAGGUAGUGUUGAAGUCAACAAGAAUGGGUUGUGGGGCACAGUGUGUGACGACUAUUGGGGAAACACUGAUGCCAUGGUUGUUUGUAGGAUGCUGGGUUACAGCGGAGGAGAAGCCAAAUACAAGGCCGAGUUUGGGCCAGGAAGUGGCAAAGCAAGCUUGAUGGAGGAGGUGGAUUGUAAAGGAACAGAAUCUGACAUCCGUGACUGUAAAGACCGAACAUCUGUCAGUGGAUGUGGCCAUAAUGAGGAUGCUGGUGUUGUCUGUGAUGGCGGGCUCCAUCAAGAAGGGGGCAGCAUGCUGCUAGACUCCAAAAUCCACUUGUAUCACGCUAUCAACACAUCAGACCAUAUCCUGAUCUCUGCCAGGAUUUAUGGUACACUAUGUUCCUCUACACGAGAACGCGCACCACCGACGAAUAUGCUCCUGCCCAAACCUGAUUGGGAUAGGUGUAACAUAGAUAUAUACCAGCAGACGACUGCCACGGAAUUGGAUAUUGACACGAUGAUAGACCGUCCAUCGUCAUUAUUCAGCAUCACUGAAGCUAUCAAUCAUCUGAAAGAUGUACUACAAAUGGCCACAGAGCGAUCUAUAGGGAAAAGACGAGCCAGAACUAAGAAGAAAAGCUCCAUACUGCUGUCGCUUGCAAAUCCGCUAAAUCUGACUAUACAGCUUGAAGGAAUGCGGGGAAACCCAGCGACCAUAAAAACCCUCUCAACAUGA